UUCAUAAACUUUAUUUAUUGCGCUAGGCUGCGGGAGUAAUAAGACCGGACCAAAAGUCCAUACAGCAAUUGUUGCAGGUACUCUUAACAUUAUAACCCCGCCAUCUCCUUCUAGACAAUUCAAUAAACCAAAAAUUUAGAGGUCAGAGUUGCCAACUCUCUCAACAUGCCUCUAACUGGCUCGCAGCGUUCCAUGCUUAAUGAGUUCAUGCAAAUUACUGGCAUCUCAGAAAGGAAUGGCACAAAAGUGAGUGAUUGCUGCCUCAAGCUCCUCCUACAUGUAAACAAAAGAACCACAGGCUGAUACACAUUGGUCUUGCAGAUCCUCAAAGGAGCAGGCUGGAGAUUAGAGGCAGCAUGCGAUAGGUGAGCGAACAUUUCACUUCAUAUAGCUAGUAGCAGCUGCGCAGGACGAAUACCGUCUUAUGGACAACACUCGAUUAACGAUCAACGUUCCUCUCGGUUUCCGAUAUGAAUAUGGACCUUCGAUGGCAUCUUUGGGAAUCACUUGGGGGCAUUUACGGCUGGUAAAAUGUGUCACUGUACAUGGAGUUUAAUGAGCGGAUAUACAUACGAGGACAAGGAUAGGAAAUACUUCGGGGUGCAUGCUUCUAUCCGCUACUCCGUUCAUCAAAACACCGAUGUGUUGGAGGAUUAACGGGCCAGAGGACUUUCUUCAACUUGCAUCCAUCGAUACGCCACUUCACUAUGCCUUCUAUGAUCUGAAUAACCCAGAUUCUUUUCGGAUUUACUCCAACCGCAGACGUCACUUCUGAUCGAAAACCUCUGGUCUCGUCUUUAUCAUCAGUGCUUGUGUCGACGGUUCAAUUUCAUGGUCGAAGCUCUUGCAGCUCAUAUUACAGCUUAAAUAUUUGAUCUAUCCUGACAUUUCAACCAUAAUAGUUUCUUCCAAGCAAAUCAUAAUGCCGUUCCCUCUGCUCAAGCAAAGGAAAAGGAGACUUUAACGAAGCUUUUCGAGAGUUACCGCAGUAUGUACUUUGCACAUUCUCCCCAAAAUUACUUUAAUAGGAAAGAAGCUGAUUUGGCAAUUUAGCAUUCAGUGAUGAUGUUGAUAUGGUUGGUGUCGAUGGCACUAUGAAGUAUUUCGGGGAUGAUUUGGGCGUCAACCUCGAAGGUGUUGAAUUUCUUAUCCCUUGUGAAAUCAUUCAAGUGCCAUCAAUAGGAGAGAUGUCUAAAGAGGGCUUUGUUGAAGGAUGGAAGAAGCUUGGGUAAUAACCCCCGCCCACACUUGUUUACACUCGGCUGCUGACAUUUAAUCAAAAGCCUUGACACGAUACCGAAGCAAAAGUCACACAUUUCGAAGGCCGUAGCAUCAUUGUCGACUGAUUCAGAGCUAUUCAAGAGAGUAUACAAACACACUUUUGUAUGUGCUCGUGAAAAGGGGCAGAAAGCCCUCUCAUUAGAGCUUGCCAGUGUAUAUUGGGAACUCUUGUUCAAUGCACCAGGAAGGCAAUGGAAGACUAAUUCGACGAAUUGGAUCGCAUUAUGGUUGGAAUUUCUCGGACAGAACUGGAAGAAGAGUGUGAAUAAAGAUCUAUGGAACCAAACAUACCAAUUCCAUGCAAAGACAAUGGAGGAUGAGAGUCUGAGUUUCUGGAACGAAGAUGGAGCAUGGCCAAGCGUCAUAGAUGAAUUCGUAGCAUGGGUGAAGAAGAACAGGGGCGAUCCGGAAGCUGGAGAGACAAUGGAGACUGAUUGAGAAGGCAUGAUGAAGCUUUAGAACCACACUUUUUAUUUAUUUCGUUUGCAGCGAAGCAUAUUCCUGAUUUGCACGAUGGCGUUCUAGGUAGCAAGACUGGCGUUCAGACACCACACAAGCAAGUGAGGAGGAAUACCAAG